AUGGUCAUCACCAUUAUAAUUCCAAAUUCUUGCAUCGAAACAGCAAUAGCCCGGCUAGCUCAAUCGGUAGAGCGUGAGACUCUUAGUCUUUCACGGUCUAACAGACACGAUUACUCAGUACAUCUCAAGGUUGUGGGUUCGACCCCCACGUCGGGCUUGUCCGUUUUCUUUUUUUUCUUGCUCUGGUGCAUUCAUCCCCUCUCUUGCGUGUUUGCAGCGAAAUGGUUUUUUUGUUGGUUGUAUCUACAGAUCGAAAACUGCUUUCAGAGUGAUUGA